UGGGAGUGGGAUGGGGGGCUUAGAGAAACAAAAGGAAACCAGCUGCAGAACUUCCUGAACAGGGAAAGGGAGAGAGAGAAAGAGAGAGCGCGCGCGAGGGAGAGAACGAGCCGGCACGAACAACUAACAAGAUUAUCUUAAAAAGCAGGGUAAGAGAGGGAAAGAAAAGGGAGGAUUUGGCAGCAGGAAUUCGGAGCCUGCCCGGGGUUCAUUUCCACCCACCAUGACCAGCGCGAUCUUGAGGCGGAAUUCGAGUAAGCAGGGGUUGCAGAAUCUCAUAAGGCUGACAGCACAGUGGAGUGUGGAAGAUGAGGAGGAGGCAGCUAGAGAAAGGCGUCGGAGAGAACGUGAGAGACAACUGCGGUCCCAGGCAGAAGAAGGUCUUAACAACUCUGGUACAUCUUCAGAAAACAGAGAGUCAGUACAAGAAAUCCAGUUUGAUGGCAAACCUUCUGGACCUUCAGAAUUAGAAGAGGAUGAGGGCUUUAGUGACUGGUCACAGAAACUUGAGCAGCGCAAACAGAAAUGUGCAGAAGAAGGAACACGAGAAGAACAAGUAUGCCAAUGGAAAGAAACCCAGCAGGCAGCCCCUACUCAAAGGGAAGAAAGGUUCCUAAGGCAUUCCUAUACAGAAGAGGACAGUGGCCUAAGGGAAGCAGAAGUCAAGUUAGAGCAGGUCCAUCUGGAUCAGAAACCAGAUUCUCCAACUAUCAUCCAGUUUGGCUGUAGGCCUUCAAACUUUCUGAAGUUUGUUCCUGCUUCACCUUCAUUCAAUCAGAGUGACACAGAAGCAGAAGUGGAGGGGCAGCAAAAACUCAGUGAAGUAGUUGAUGUUAGAGAGGAAAUCCAGGAUACUGGAUUUGAAGCUGCGAACCAGUGUGUUGCACAAGAGAAUGAGUGUGAAGAAGAUGAGAAAGAAAAGCAGGAGGAGAAAAAGAGAAGGAGGAAUGAAGAGGAAGAGGCACCUGGAAAACGUCAGAGAGCUCCAAGCAAUUCCAGCUCGGAGGAAGAGUUUCAGCCUCCUUUGAGUCCUAUCAUAAAGAUCACUGACAGAACUGAAUCACUUAACCGCUCCAUAGAGAGGAGUAAUAGUGUAAAGAAGACCCAGACACCUCUCCCAGUUUCAAAGAUUGAUGACAGACUUGAGCAGUACACUCAUGCCAUUGAGUCUUCCAGCAAGACCCCAAAACCAGCCCGUCAACUUUCCAUUGACCUGCCUACCAACAGCGCAGUAGUGGCUAGCACAAAAAGCCUUUGGGAGACUGGUGAGGUUGCAGUUCUCUCCCCUGUGAAGACAACACCUUCUAAGGACAUUGUGGCAGGAGACAUUGUGAGUAAGAGAAGCAUCUGGGAGCAGAAGGAGACCCCAAAGGCAGAUGGGAGUGCUAAGGUACAACUUCCAGGCAAGAAAUACAAGUAUGUGGCAAUUGGGCAUGGCCAAUACAAGAAGGUGCUGAUAGAUGAGACCACAGAAAAAUAGCCUCCUGGGGCUCCAAACAUGUGGGUUGGCUCUGUCCUGGUUUGGACAUUUGUGGAAAUAAUUGUGUGCAACGCUGAAAUUUCCUCUUCUGAUAAGAACCUCAACAAAAGGACAUCUUCUUUCCUAUGUCAAAUAUGCAACAUGCUCUAAAAACAACUAAUGAUUUCUUUACAACUAGGAGCCUCACUCCAAGCUGAUUACUUUUGGACUUUUGGCACCAUCAAGGCAACCAACAAAAUCUCUCUAUAGAUCAUUUGGCUUCUGUUUGGAAAACUGUUAGUCGUAUACUGUUCUAUGAUAUUCUGGUUUUCUUAGCUUGAUAAAGUGAAAGGCCUGCCUAUUUUUUCAUAGCCAAGCUUGAAGGAUUAUUUUAUUAACCCAGGAGGGAUGUUUACAUAAUGUUACUAAUCUGUUAAUUUGGGAGUAAGAAAAUAAAACAAUUUUUCACUUGUUAAUUUGAGCACCAUGGAAGCCUAAUAGUCUACGCUUCAUUGUAAGAAUCUCUUUACCAUUCAACAUGGCAAUUCUCACUAGAAUUAGAAGUUUUGAAAGUGGGAAGAAUCUUUCUUUCUGGUCACUAGUCUGGAACUUUUACAAUGUCUACCAUUGUAUUUCAUUAUUAUAAAUUCAUAAGUCUUAUCAUAUUCAUGCAUAUGAAUUUACCCAGUUUUCUUUCUUGAGCAGCCUCUGUCAUUCCUUUGUAGAUAAAAAGUCAAGUUAAAGUUCGUAUCUCCCUCACACAGCCUUGGCCUUGAGAUGCAUCUUUUCUCUCAUUUCUGUCUGGGUCACUAUUUCUGCAUGCUUAAGCACUUCAGGAUGGUUCCCCCCCCCCCCCCCCCCCUGAGACUGCCUGAAUCAUAUUGUGGUACUAACUACAGCUGGUCCAUGUGAACAAAUCCUGAAGUCUUCUCCUUCUAUUCAGGCAAAUAUUUCAUUCUCUAAGUCAUAAACUUUAAGCACAGUUUCACUGGAAACUGAAAUUUCCUUUGGAGGUGUUCAUUAGACUUACCAUAAUAAAUAUCCCCUACUCCUGCCAAUUACAGCUACUGCUUAUUUGUCCUCUUUCUGUACUGAUGAAAGGGGCAACUGUAUGCAGUUUUGAAUCUCUUAAUAAUGGCAUUUUGCUUCUGAAGAGUCUAGAAGGGUCAUUCUCUCCCCACCCCCACCCCCCCACCCCAAUUUUCUUUCACUGUUGGCUUUCUGUGUGACCUGGAAUUGUUUUGUUAGCGUUUAAUUAAAAUUCUGAGGAAUAUAAAUGUUUGGCUCCAGUAGUGUCACUUGACCCUAAAAUCUCCAGAAAUGCUAGUAUAAUCUCUACUGUGGAAAGAAGUAUUUUAAAAAUGAAGGUAUGUUCCAAAUUUCUAUGGAGUACUGAGGGGCAAGAAGAGUCAGUAGCAAUAACUGUUCUGGUGAUUUUAUGUUAAUUAUGUCUCAGUGCACGCGUUCAAUUAUGCAUACCUUGAACACAUUAACGGGGAAGUGAGUUGGUGUAUUGUGGGAUUGUAGCCAAGCCUCUGGAGUCAGCAAAAAUGUUGAGGGAGGUCUGCAUGAAGCCCUUUGUACAUUAACUAGUCUUCCAACACAGUAUCUCUGUGUUGGGCUACAUGCAGAUAUUCUGAAAAAGUCAGGGGUAGUAGUUGUUACCAAUGAAUGUUGUAGUAAGAAAGACUCUCUGGGAAGAAGAGUCGGGGGGGGGGGGAUGGCUUCUUUCAUGGAAUUAUUCUGGAGAGGAAAUGAAUGACAAGUUUUACCAUAUCCCAGGGUUUUUUUGUUUGUUUCAACACUCAUAAGAACAUAAGAAAAUCCAUGCUGGAUCAGACCAAGGACCAUUGAGUCCCGUGAUCUGUUCACAUAAUGGCCAAACGGCUGCUUCUAGGAUGACUGCAGCAUCGUUAUCCUGCCUGUGUUUUCACAGCACUUAAUAUAAUAGGCAGAGACAAUAGGUAUGCAUCAUGACUUGUAUUCAUUUUGACCAGUGACCAUGAAUCACUCUAUUCUCCAUGAAUAUAUCCACUCUCCUCUUAAAGACUUCCAAGUUGGUAUCCAUCACCACAUCUUGGGGCAGGGAGAUCCACAAUUUAACUCUGCGCUGUGCAAAUAAAUACUUCCUUUUGUUUUGAAUCUCUUAUUCUAAAAAUGAAAUCAUAGGGGAGGGUGAAAAAACAAACACCUGGAAUGGCCAUGCUCCUGUAUCAUGUAAGAAGUAGUUUAGCAUAAACAAAAGGCAAGAUUCUGGAUCAGACCAAGGACAGACCCGCAGCAGGUCUGUUUAACAACUCUGUAGUAUGUGAACUAGUGGCAUUUCCUUGCAAGAAAAUAUGUUGAGAAAAUGGUGCAAAACCAUGGCUGUUUUAAUGGAACCAUACUAAAAAAAUCCAAGGGAGUCACCAAGAUUGAUAGAAAAAGUGGUAUGAAAAAAACUCUAAUAAGGAGUUUAGCAACAUAGGACUGAAAGGCACUUGAAGGCCAACUUCCUUCACAAUGCCAGGUUGAUUCAUAUCUCCAUUGCGUGACUGGAUUGAGACCUGAUAGAACUUAACGUCUUCUUAAAGACACAGGAGUAAAUAUAAUUACAUGUAGUUGAAUUUUUGUUUUAGGUCGUAAAGGUCUUGUUCCUGUUAUUCACCUGCAACUUUGUUAAAUAAUAAAUAUUUUGCACUUUU